AAGGUUGAGCUAUACUGUAAUUGGCUAGUAGUCCAAGGGGGCUCAUCUUAGGAAGGUGGAGGCAUCUGGUUUGGUGGCAAUAAAACGAGGAGACAGAGAACCUAUAAGCACACUUGUGCCAAACCACUGAUUGACCUUGGAAACCCCUGAUGAGCUGAAACCACUGAUUGACCUCAACUUGAACAAAAACUCUUCAUCUAAACCAACUGAUCGACCAAACCCUGUGCCAAUACCAAACCAGAUCAAUAAAUACCAGUCCAAAAUGUCAGAGGUGGAAGAAAUAAUUGAGGGAGUUGAAGAAGCCAUUGACGGAGCUGAAGAGGGCAUUGAAGAACUGCCAGAAGAAAUACAAGAAGAAAUUCAAGCAGAAGUAGCUGAAGCACGAGUGGAGGUUGAAGAGUUGUUCAAAAUUAGCAAGACCUUAAAAACCUUGCUUGAAUAUGUCACAACAAGUAUACCAAAAAUAGCAGGAUUUGUUGCAAAAAAUGUAGCUAUUGGCUCUAUCUUGUGGGGUGUAAAUGUUACUCUUCACAAAUUGCUUCCCUAUGAAUACCAAUCCAAGGAUUUAGAGAGAAAGCGUGCUGUGAUUAAGGCAUUAACCGCAGUCAUCAAAAACGAAGCAGACCUCAGUGAAAAGCUCCUGAAGUGGAUGAAGGACCACAAAGAUGAUAUGAUUACACUGGAUGGAUUUCAGAUACCAUUGGAAUCAAUUAUUCAGAAAUACAUUGGACCAGUAUCUGAUGCCGUUGAGAAAGCCUUUGCUGUUGCAAAACCACUCCAGGAAAAGAUUGACGGGAAAACCCAGUUCAAUAUCCCCACUGGAGAAGAUAUCCGGACGUUCCUUGAAGCUGCUGAUGCAUUUCUCCAAGCCUUCACUGAUUUGGUUCAGUUUGUCUCCGCAAAUGUUCGAAAGUUUACAGAGCUGAAAACGUUUCCAUUGACACAGGCAGACAUUGAAUCUCUUAAAACUCAGCUGGAUGAUGCUAAGGCCUUACCUUUGUGGUAAACAAAGAUGUCUUGACUUGAUAAUGUAUAGGAUCAAAAGAGACAGGCACACACUGCUCCAAAAGCUUGCCUUUUUCCCAUAUUCAUGAUAAAAGCAGCUAAUGAUAAAUGUUGGAAACUUUAUUUUACACAACAAAAUUUAAAAAAGCAAUAUAAUUGUGUGUAUUUUUCAUUUUACCAUUUGUAUUCUUCACAAGUAUAAAUGCUGUUGUGAUAUAUGUGACUCAUAUUAAGUGGCUUCUCAUAAAAAAAGAACAACAAAUAUGUUAUCAAGGCUAGAUAUAAAUAGCAAUGAUGUUGGUAUGUCCAUUUGCUUAUGCUCUUAAAGGGUUAACUAGAAUGAAAACAUGUCAAGUUAUAGCCUACUAAUAGAGCAUUACAUUCCUCUUUAGUUGCUGUUUUAAUUCUCAAACAUAUUCAUUAUUUUGAGAUAUCUAUCAAUGUCAUGUGGCAGUCAGUCAAGGUCAUUCUCAGCUGCAGAAAACAUGGGGUGUGGCCAUGUAACUGCGAAAAUAAUGAGAAUAGUUGAACGAAAAGAAUAUGAACUAAGCAGGAAUGUAAUGCUCUAUUAGUGUAUCUAAACUGUUUCCACUCUAGAAUAUGUUAAAAUUAGUCCUUUAAGGAGGCAGACAACAUGCAUCAGAAGUGACUAAGUCUGAUGAGCACGUACAGAAUGCUGCAAAAUAAAGAUAUAGCCAGUGCUUUCACACUUGCCUAGUUCUGAGGGGUUUGUUUUGUUCGGGAAUCAGUCUUGUAUUCUUCAUUACCUACAAGGGUGAAAAGCCUCAUAAAACACACACAAAAAAACAUAACAGGAAAGUCUUUGAAGUCUGUGAAGAGCAAAGAAAUGCUUAGCAGAGUCAAACAAAGAAUUGCUUUCACAGACAGGUAAGAACUAUGACAAUGGCUGGACACAUUCAAUGUACACUCAUAUCAAUGGUAGCUGGUGAAGUCUGACACUGAGGGAGGACAGACUAAAAAUAGCACAAAAAAUAAGUGUUACUGUCACGCUAAAUGAAUGCCUAUUGAGAAAAUAGCAGUUUGGAAGGGUAGACCACAUGGGCCACAGGGAGGCAGUCGAGAGACGUGCUUGAGGAAAAAUCCUCGGGCUCUUAUUAACUCACUCAGGGCCAGGGCAACUAUAGUUGGCACAGCCAAGCUCCUUCUUGAGUCUGGUACCCCUCCUUUCCGUGAGAUCAGUCACACCCUACCCGCGGAAUUGCAAAAUAGCUACCCUAUUAUGUAGAAGAAUCGUGUGUCAAACUUUUUUUUUCUUCUUAUAUUAUCUUUAUAGAGCUUUUGUAAGGGAAAGCAGGGCAAUGAAGAAGAGUUAUGGGUCUCUAGAGCCAUCUUUUUUAUAACCAUUAAAUAAACAUUGCUUUCAUUGAGAAUUCUUUGUGAAAUGGAUUUGAUUUAAACAGGAUAAAUGGGAGCUGCUGUCUUACUGGGGAGAUACAGUAAAGAGAUUAACGGCAGCAUG